UGGUCGACCGUAAACUUCCGGGUUGCAUCCUUGCGUGCAUUGUUUGUUUACAAUCGGGUUGCUAUGUCGGCCCUUUUAUGAAUCUUCAUUAAAAUGGCUGAAAAUAAAGUAGUUUCGGAUGCUGAUGUAGAAGAAACGAAAGAAAAGAGAAGCGCCAUUGGUAUCUUUGAUAAUCGAGACGAGUGCACCUACACAAGAUGCUACUGCGAGGAAAACAUCUGGAAACUCUGUGCAUCUGUGAGAGACAAUCAUCCAGAUGAACUCUCUAAAUGCUUCGCUGUAUUUAUUUCAAACAAAAAUAAACAGAUUCCACUGUGGAUGCAGGCAAGCAGCAAGAGAGACGACAGACUCGUCAUCUGGGAUUACCACGUGAUAUUCCUACACAAGGGAGACGACUCCACCCUUGUGUAUGACCUUGACACCGAGCUGCCCUUCCCAUGUGACUUUGUGGAGUAUGCCAUGAAGGGCCUGCGAGAUGACCGACGGAUGAAGGAGGAUUUCAGAAGGAGUUUCCGGGUGACCCAUGCAGAUGAGUUCCUCCAGACGUUUGCCUCGGACCGGUCUCACAUGUUGUCGGAGGAGGGAGAAUGGCUCAUGCCACCACCAGUGUAUCCCUGCAUAGCUACUACAGCUUCCAAAAAUAAUAUCCAGUUUUUCAUCUCCAUGGAUCCAGACGAGGGGUUCGGCACCGUCAUGGACAGCGUCACCUUCAUCAAAACGUUCUCCAACCCCGCUGCAGCGGCGGACACCUAACACUGCAUCCCUGGAAGGAGCUCUUGCGUGGACAUUGCUCAAUCUUUCAGUGUUGUAGUUUUAUUACUGAGACAAGAGGCUGUUAGAGCAGGUCACUGUGCUUGUGUCACUUUGAUCUCUGUGCCCACAAGGCCGUGUGAUCUGUCGUCCAGGGAUGUCGUCUGUCCAUAAGGCAUCUGUAAGCUUUUAAUGUUUUAAACUUAUUCUCAGUAGCAGCAUUGUUUUUUGAGCUGAAAUUUGGUGUUGAAAUUCUUAACCCAAAAGUGGCAGUUUUUUUUUCAAGGAAUAAACAUUUAAUAAUUAGUUUUAUACAUAAGGGGGAGAGUUCUGAUCAAAAUGUCCAGAAAUCUGACAUGGUAAUAUUCCAUAAGAUUCCAUCAGUUUCUGAUUUUUGUACGGAGCCAUGAUUAUUCCUCAAAUAUUGCAACAGAUAGACUAAAGAGAAGAACAACCUCAUUUAACCUUUGCGAUGGCAUCACAACAGUAUUGUGAACUAUUUCAGUUCAUGGGAUUCACAAUAGUUCUAAGUCACAUAUGAGUCUCAAUGAAAUGAACCAGAAAACAAUAUCUUUAUAAUGAAGUACUUAUGUACAUCCUUGUUGGAUUGUCGAGUAUAGUUUGAGAAAGGUGAGCUAUUGAACCCUUGGCUCUGUUUUUCAUAGAUGAGUCUAGAAUUGUAGCAAUAUAAUGUAUUGGUUCUUAGAAAUAGAGGACAUGUUUGAACUGUGAUAUCAGAAACGUCCAUCUGCUGUCCACCUCAGUGCUCCUUCAAGAAAAUUAUCUUCCUUCCCAUCCUCGACUAUCCAGGGUUUUUAUCUCCAUUCUGGUACGAUUAGUACCCUGAACCUUUUCAUCACCAUAGCUUUUUCGGGGAAAUGAAAUAUGUUUGACAAAUCUGCUUUUAAAUAUAACAUUAAUUUAUUUAUAUAUGAUGCUUGUAUGUAUUUAAACUUCUUGUCAUCACUAUAUGGCUGAAAUAAUGCUGAUGCGACAUUACAUUUUAACUCACUGACUUUUGAAAUAUAAUACCACCAUCGCCAUCUCUCAUGACAGUAAUUUCCUCUUGCAUAUAUCAGUCUAACUUGAUUGGUUAGUUUGUUGUUUAUGCCGCACUCAGCAAUAUUCCAGCUAUAUGAUGGCAGUCUGUAAAUAAUCGAGUCUGGACCAGACA